AUGGCUAUCUUGCUAUGUACUUUUCUAUGGACAAUUGGAUUCCAUGCCGUUUCCACACAAUAUAAUUUGUAUAUCAGACACAGACAGCAGCUUCCCCCUCUGGCACCUUUGGUUUCCAUGUCACGGAACGAUCUAUCAAACUAUAAGCAUCGUACCCCUUCAGUAAACAUCCCAGGACCUAAAGACACCGGACCUAAAAACUCAGGUCCAGCCGACAAAAACACCUUUCCUGGAUCUGGAGGCGUCGUUCCUGCGAGUACAGAUGAACUUAUCAGGUCCAUAGGUGCAAUAUUAGGAUUUAGGAAUCCAGCAAAAGGACCGAUGAAUUUGAAGCCAGCAAAACAUCCAUCGAUCCCGAAGGACCCAGUGAAUGAACCGACAAAACCUACCACAAAGAUCCCGGAAACAACAACAAUGCUUUAUGGUUGUCCGGAAUAUAACUCCACUUAUCGGAGAGACAGACUUGUGAUUUUUUAUCAAGACGACAAAUGUGAAAUGGAGCUCCGCCUGAAAAGACACAGAAAGACCAGCUCAGAAUAUAUGUCAAUACGGUACAAGAAGGUACGAAGCCGAACGAGCAAGCAAAACCCAAAUACACCGGACCAAAUAGUGUGUGAGAAAUUCCCGCAUACAGAGGAAAGGGGGAUAACUUUCAUCACUACUCGUCCACAGCAGUGUAAACUAGAAAUUACAGUGGAACUAGCAGCGAUGCCUACAACAAAAACCAGUAGAAAGAACAAAAGAGGGAAAAGGUUACUAAGACGACCCGUAUAUACUGCUAUCACAUUGUAAGGGAGAUAAUUCCGUUUUAACCUGGU